CGUUUGUGCAUAGUUAGUUGGACAGCCACGAGUUGAUGAGGCGUCGGCAUCAAUCAAGUACACACAUACAUGAAUGCAACCAUCCAUCCAUCAGUUCAUGUCAUGCAAUCACUGCAUGCGUCCACCAAUCCAAUCAGAGGCAGCGCCCGCUGUGGUCUACCCAUUCACUCAUUCAUAUGAUCAGCAAGCACCACACACACCCACUUCCCCACCGCCAGCCCAGCCCCAUGACGCCCAGCUGUGCGUGAAGCCAUCCAUCCAUUGAUCAGAAGUCAUCAUCGUCAUCAUCUUUCUUGCGUCUGCCCCCGCGUCUGGGUUUCUUGUCCUUGCGAGUUGCAUCGGGUGAGGUGUACUCGCCGUACAGCUCGAUCUCCUCCUGCCGGAUCCGCUCAGUCUGCUGCGCAAAGUAGUCUUUCAGGAAGGUCAGAAUGAGGAAGGCCACCCCCACGCUGGCGGCCGCCACCACACAUAUCCAGGCCGACUGCAGAAUGCGGAUGCCCCUCAGGCGCCGGUCCAGGAAAUCUAUGUCGUACAAGACACUCUCGUGCAGCGGAAGAUCGGUCGUGCGGGGCGAGAAGAGAAACCGACGGGUCAGCAGAGCCUCCUGCCCGGGAAGCGUCAAGGCGGACGCCAAACAUGGCCAGCGGGUGGAAGCCACCCCAACACCCAGCAUCCUCCCUGCUGCAGUCCCAACAGCAUGCACCGCCUGCAUCAGCCGCCUUGGUUGCUGUACAGAUGAGUCCAGGGAGGCUGGAAAGAUCCUCACGGGGUGGAGAUGCCGUGCUGGCAAAUGAGCGGGGAGGGGAGAGCGGCUUGUUGCGCCGAAUAAUCGUUGACGCGCACUUGUCAUCCCAGCACGGCUCGUAACACGAAACGCCUCCAAGCUGACGAUGAGCCACAGCACCAACACUGCUGUCAGCCUUAAUGACCCCCCAUAUGGUAAAGAAUUCAUCCUUGAUAAGUAUUCUAGGGAAGAAGGGACGAUGACAAGGGCGUCUCCGCCCGUCUCACGACCUUAUCAUGCACCAGAUCUGGGCAAAGCC